AUGGGUAUGAUUUUAAAAUGGUCGCCGUGUGUCCCAGAUGCUCAUCCUGGGAAGUGCCGCAUAUGCAUGAGAGCAUUCUCGAGAAGCGAUCACUUGACGACGCAUGUUCGGACGCAUACCGGUGAGAAGCCAUUUAGCUGUGACGUUUGCGGUAGAAAGUUUGCACGGUCUGACGAACGUAAAAGGCACACCAAAGUGCACUCAAAACAAAAGUCGCGUCGAUCGAGCCUUUCUACCUGCGAAGUGCAAAUGGAUAACAACACUGACGUGACUAAUGCUGUUGAUACAGUGAUGUUGACUCGGUCGAAAGUAUCGACUUCAGCUAACGCCUGGAUCACGACUUUGCUCGUUACAUUUUUUGCCCAUGUUUUAGAGUCGUGGAGAUUAUUACCAUCAGAGCUUUAG